CGACAACCCUCCUGUUGUUGACACAAGAUCAAAGCGAUCCCCCAACUGCCCCAGGCCAGUUCCUGUGGCUCCCGGUGGAAUCCAACCCAGCAGAUCCGGCAAAUAUAAAAGGUCUGGUCCGGGAGUGGGGGAGCUACAUCCUGGAAGAGGAGGCCCGCGCCCCUCCUGCCCGCGCUGGUCCCCGACGCUGUGGUGGCUCCAUGGCCCCUGCCGAGGACCCCGGCCACUCCGAGCGAGGAAGCGGAAGAGCCAGCCCCCAGGCCUCAGGCCUCGAGACAGACGUGGAGCCCGGCCCUGGCAGGCAGCUGCUCCGCCAUCAGAAGGCCAUCCCCACCACUCACCUAACUUUCGUUAUUGACUGUGCCCGUGGGAAACAGAUCUCCCUGGCAGCACCCCCAGGCCUGUCUUGUGCCUCCAGCCCCUACCGAGGACCUGUGAGCCCCCCAAUGAAGACCUUCAUCAUGUUCUGCGGGGAGAGCUGUCCCCAGGUGUCUCGGGAGGGCCCCCUGGGUCAGGGAGGCCUUGCCCAGGCUAGGCACGUCCCUGUGCUACCACCCCGCGGAGGGACUGUGGCCCCGGCUUCCUGCCCAGGCAGCCCACUUUGCCCCCAGGAGGUCUCCAGAGCCAAGGAGAGCCCCUCGAAGACUCUGCCCACAAGGUCCUCAGCUUGGGGAACAGUCAAGGGCUCCCUCAAAGCCCUCUCCUCCUGUGUCUGUGGGCUUGCUGACUAACUGGGUUGGGGGGGGGGCAUGCCAGACUUGUCCACCCAGGGGUUAGGAUUCCCAGGCUUGUACCCUGUCCCCAGCCAAGCAGAAGGCUUUCAGGCCUGAGCCAACAACUCUGGGUCCACUUAUAGCCGAGGCAGGAUAAGGCCCACCCACAAGAAAACAGAUUAAUUCAUUCACACAACAAAUUCUAAUGGAGCCUAUUCUACAUGCCAGCUCUGGGAAGUGCUAGGAAAGAUACCUGGAGUUUAUAUUCUGUGGGUGGGGGUGGGGAGCAGCAAACAACCAAAUAAAUAAAGAUCAUUUUGAACAGUGA